AUGGCUGAUUCCGAGCUGUCACCUAAGUUCGCGCCGUUCAUCGGCAUGGGCGGAAUCGCAGCGGCCAUGAUAUUCGGGUGCGCAGGAGCCGCAUACGGCACAGCCAAAUCUGGCAUUGGUAUCGCGGGCGUGGGAACAUUCAGGCCAGACCUGAUCAUGAAGUGCCUCAUCCCCGUCGUCAUGUCCGGUAUCAUCGCUGUCUACUCCCUCGUCAUCUCUGUCCUGAUUGCCCAGGACCUCGACCCGAAAUCCAACUACAGUCUAUUCAGCGGCUUUAUGCACCUCGCGUGCGGCAUCUCUGUCGGCAUGACGGGUCUCGCGGCCGGAUACUGCAUCGGUGUUGUGGGUGACAAGGGCGUGCGAGCCUACAUGUCCCAAAGCCGCAUCUUCGUUGGCAUGGUCCUGAUCCUCAUUUUCGGAGAAGUUUUGGGUCUUUACGGACUGAUUGUCGCACUGAUCCUGAACACCAAGAGCAAGGGUUAA